CUCAAAUGUCCGUUUAUAUACACAAAUUUCCCCUUGGCCUCACUCUGCCAAAUCUCAUCCAACAUCAAUUUCUCCAUUCAAAUGCUCAAAUCCAGCCACAUUACUCCCCCCACCCAAAAGCAAUCAUGACCAAACCAACCGAGAAACCAAGCAAACUGAACCGGUUCCUCCGGUCACCUAUUCGAGCCUUGGUCCGCUUACGAGACUCGUACAUAAGAGGCGUGACAGGCAGCGCUGACCGGUGUCAGUCUGGAGGCGUCUCAUUCGGACACCUUCAUCCGUUGCCGAGUACUCAAGGUGUUGCGCGCAGCAAUAGAUUUGGGUCGAGCGCGAGAACGAGCUCGAGAGGCGACGACGAGCUCCUUCAACAGUUAAUUAGAGCAAUGGAAAUGAGAAGGGUUCGUUCCCUUGAAUUGGGAAGAGAAGAGGCGGUGAAUAGAAGUAGGAGAGGUUUGAAGAUGGAGAGGAUUGACGAGGAUCUAACUUGUGAGUUUGAUGGGGAUGUUGGGUUUGAGAGGAGCAGGAGUUUUGCUGUUGGAGGAAAGAGGGAAGCUGCACACGCGUAUGCUUGAUCUGUGAACUGUUUGGUGAGCGUUUGCUAUCCGUUUGUUUGCACUUGUUUUUUUAUUGUAUUUCAAAUAUAUGCAAGAGGCUUUUUAUUAAUUGG